AAAACGGGGGCACCAUUGCUACUGCUUUUGCUGCUGCUACCUGACUUUUUGCCCUUUCAAGCUCUAAACUUUAACUCCGUCAAGCCCUAAUCUCACUCUCCUCCCACCUCCUUCUGCUGUGAGGUUUAAUUUAUUCCUCUAUUCCUGUGGAUCUACCUGUUGCUCAUGAUUACCUAUAGGUCCGUUGGUACCAAUAAAACUUAGGGACCAUGUUUUGAAUUCUUCCAUGUAUCUUCGUAGGCGUAGGGAGAAAAAGGAGAAAGAAAUCUCCUCAAUACAAUGGCGAGAAGCCUCAUUUCUCAUGUCCGCUGCCUCUUCUCAGAAACCCAGUACAGAACCUUCAGUAGCCAAGUGGAGGAACUAAGGAAUCGGAUUAUAGAAGGAAAACCUGGGAUCAUGACUCCAAACUCGAAACGGACAGGAGCAAUAGCCAUAAAAUGUGGAAUGACAGCACUCUGGGACAAAUGGGGUGAACGCCUCCCCAUCACCAUCCUUUGGUUAGAUGAUAACAUUGUUUCCCAGGUCAAAACACCGGAGAAAGAAGGCAUCUCCGCCCUACAGGUUGGAUGUGCUCACAAAAAGGAGAAGCAUUUGACAAAACCUGAAGUAGGUCAUUUUAGAGCACAAGGUGUGCCCAUGAAGAGAAAGCUAAAGGAAUUUCCUGUUACAGAAGAUGCACUUCUUCCUAGUGGAACGAGCAUCAGCGUCCGCCAUUUUGUUCCGGGCCAGUAUGUGGAUGUUACUGGAAUUACAAGAGGGAAAGGCUUUCAGGGUGGGAUGAAAAGAUGGGGGUUUAAAGGUAUGCCUGCAUCACAUGGUGCUUCAUUAUCCCACAGAAGUAUUGGUUCUACAGGUCAAAGAGAUGCUCCAGGAAAGGUAUUUAAAGGGAGAAAGAUGCCUGGGCGCAUGGGUGGAGUGCAACGAACUGUUAAAAAUGUUUGGGUCUACAAGAUUGAUCCUGCCAGAAACUUGAUGUGGGUCAAAGGCCAGG